CAAAUUACCACUUAAGUGUAUGUGAAAUACUUAAGUGUAAUUCAUAAACAUAUUUAGCACAUAAGUAUUGACUUUAAGUUAAGUGUCCUAGGAAGGUGGCUUAAAUAGAUAAGAAAUACUUAAGAUUUUUUUUAUCUGAAAGAGAAAAUGGCGGUGAACAGGAGAAAUUUUAAAGAGAGGAAAGAUUGUUUAAGGGAAUAUUCAAAUGCAGAAUUGAUCAAACGUUUCAGAUUAGAUAUGAAUGGAAUCCAAUUCGUUGAAAACAUUAUUGGUAAUGAAAUUCGAGCGGGAUCUUUAAGAAAUCAUGCUUUAACAUCAACCCAGAAAUUAUUAUUGACACUUAGAUACUUAGCAACGGGCAAAAUGCAACUAUGUAAUGGGGAUGACAUGGGUGUUUCGCAGCCUACAGUUUCGAGGGCAAUAUCAGUGACACUGCAAAGCCUAUCUUCGGACAGAAUGGUGCAGCAAUUUAUCAAGUUUCCCGUGCAAGCUGACCAAAUUCGUCGAAAUCAAGAGCACUUUUUCCAAGUCGCAGGAUUUCCUGGGAUUGUUGGUGCUAUUGAUGGGACACAUGUGCAGAUUAUUGCCCCAAGUGUUGAUGAAAAUGAAUUUAUAAACAGGCAUCAUUACCACAGCAUAAAUGUACAAGUUGUUUUUGAUGCCAGUUACAAAAUUCUUGAUAUUGUGGCAAAGUGGCCUGGUUCAACCCAUGAUUCGAGGAUUUUGAGGGAGAGCGGACUUCAUGUUUUGUUUGAAAACAACCACAUCCCAGUGCACACCCAUCUCCUUGGCGACAGUGGCUAUCCAUCUCGCAGAUGGUUACUCACUCCCUUCUUGAGACCCCUACCGGGUGCCCAGACCAACUACAAUAGGGCACAUAAAAGAACACGCAGCAUUGUUGAAAGGGGCAUUGGUCAGUUGAAACGCCGUUUCCAUGUAUUACAUGGUGAAGUACGCCUCUCUCCACAAAAGACCUGUCAAGUAAUCAUAGCUUGUGCCGUGCUCCACAAUAUAUGUAAAGAUAGACAAAUUCCAAUUCCUGAUGAAGAUCCAGACGAAAACCCUAAUGAUGCUGAGGAUGAUGAUACGAAUCACCAUGAUGGGGGAGCAGUCCAUGGCAACAACAAUGGGACGUUGUACAGACAACUGUUUGCUGUGACUCACUUUUGAGACAUAAUUGUUGCACGGAAAUUUUCAUUCAUUGAUAUCUUAUUAAAAUAUAACAAUAAUAUAUUUGUGUUUAAGUACUUUUUUCCUUAAAACCAAAAACAACUUCUUAAUUUGAACAUGUAC